AAGUUUACCUGUAUUGGUGCCUACCUAUCUAAGAUAAUCAAUACCUACCUGACGCUAUCUACCCCUCUCAGCCACCCUCAGUUUGGAUACCAGCUGUAAUUAUGUAAUAUGGUCGGUUUUUCCAUAUCUUCCUGAAGGAACCGUUUUCCUCCGUUUGAUACAUUGAGCUGUUCUGUGAUAAUAUAUUGUGUGAACUUGGAAAUUUGUGAUUUUUAUAUAUUUUUUUUCACUGGCAUCGGCUACACAUCUAAAAAAAAGAUGAAGACUUUUCCAUCGUUUGCCAUUCUCUGCUUCCUAGUAUGUUUGUCACAGAGCAAAGGGGAGACAACUACCACAUCGAUAGCUCCAGUAACAAGCACAGAAAUGACCACCAACGCAACCAUUGUGACGUCAACAGAGGCAGACGCCACCACAGAUGACGCGAUGUCUAGCUCUACGACCACGGAGUUGUCAAGUGCCACAGAAGCAGAAACCACAUCAGACAAAACGACAACAGAAGAAGCGACAACAUCUUCCCCGGUUGCAGACACCUCCACAGCAACAGUUACCCAAGAAGCACCUUCUACAACAUCUUCCCAGGUAUCUGACACCACCACAGCAUCAGUUACCCAAGAAGCAUCUUCUACAACAUCUUCCCAAGUAUCUGACACCACCACAGCAUCAGUUACCCAAGAAGCAUCUUCUACAACAUCUUCCCAAGUAUCUGACACCACCACAGCAUCAGUUACCCAAGAAGCAUCUUCUACAACAUCUUCCCAAGUAUCUGACACCACCACAGCAUCAGUUACCCAAGAAGCAUCUUCUACAACAACUUCCCAAGUAUCUGACACCACCACAGCAUCAGUUACCCAAGAAGCAUCUUCUACAACAUCUUCCCAAGUAUCUGACACCACCACAGCAUCAGUUCCACAAGAAGCAUCUUCUACCACAACUUCCCAAGUAUCUGACACCACCACAGCAUCAGUUACCCAAGAAGCAUCUUCUACAACAUCUUCCCAAGUAUCUGACACCACCACAGCAUCAGUUACCCAAGAAGCAUCUUCUACAACAUCUUCCCAAGUAUCUGACACCACCACAGCAUCAGUUACCCAAGAAACAUCUUCCACAACAACUUCACAAGUAUCUGACACCACCACAGCAUCAGUUACCCAAGAAGCAUUUUCCACAACAACUUCCCAAGUAUCGGACACCACCACAGCAAACGUUACCCAAGAAGCAACUUCUACAACUUCCGAGGUUGCUGACACCAACACAACAACUGUUACACAAAAGGCAUCUUCUACAACAACUUCCCAGAUUGCUGACACCACAACAACGAUUGGGCCAAACUCAACCACAUCUACAACAACUUCUACAAAAACUUCCGAGGUUGCUGACACCUCCACAACAACAGUUGCCCAAGAAGCAUCUUCUACAACAACUUCCCAAGUACCUUACACCACAACAACAGUUACCCAAGAAGCAUCUGCUACUACAACUUCCAAGAUUGCUGACACCACAACAACGAUUGGGCCAGACUCAACCACAUCUUCAACAACAAAAGCCGUAGAACCAACUACAACAAUCAUUAAAGUUGUUGAAACAACAACGACAACCUCAACAUCAGCUGCCCCAACAACAACAGUGACAACAACAACAACUACUAUACCUACUACUACAACUGAAGAUAAAUGUGCCGGUGUUGUCUGUCAAAACAACGGAAAUUGUGUGCAGUCACCUGGGUCACCAACUGGUUACACGUGCCAGUGUAACCAGAAUUACACGGGAGACACCUGUCAGUUUGCUGUUGCUUCAUACAGUCAGUGGGGCGAGUGGGGAGCCUGUGAUCAAAACUGUAAAGGCGGUGUAAAAACUAGAACUAGGACAUGCUCUGACGCCACAGGAGCAAAUCGAGGCCAGGACUGUGGACCUGACUUGCAGGAGACCAUGGAGUGCGCGGAUCUUCCAGCAUGUGUGGUAACGACAGAUCCAUGUGCCAGCGUCAUCAAUCCGUGCCUGACGGACGGAGUGAAUCACACGUGCCUGGUCAAAAGUGACGGCUCCUUCCGGUGUCUGUGUGUGUCUGGCUACGUCAACGAUGCCAACAACAAAUACUGUAUCAACGAGAAUGAGUGCACAAGAACCAACAACGACUGUAACGAUGUCAACACACGUGGACUUAAAGUAGGCGUGGCCAGUUGUAAAGACACGGUGGGAAACUACUCGUGUGUCUGUAGCAGUGGGUUUACGUACGACAGCAGCGCAAGAACCUGCACAGAUGUUAACGAGUGCAGUAGUACAUCAACGAACAACUGUGACGUCACAGACCGUGCCACCUGUACCAACACACCUGGAAGUUUUACCUGUGCCUGUAAACCCAAAUUUCAGGGAGCAGGGACCGCUGGUACCUGCAAAGAGAUUCGGUUACUGCCUCAUACUGGUCAUACAAAGCUAGCCAAUAGCGAUGGCUUCUCCACCUACUUCUUCCCGAAAUAUGCUGUACCAUUCGGAAGUCAUCUGUACCCAUCUUUUUACUUCACGAGGAGUGGUCUACUACUAUUUACCACAGUCACUAGUGAAAAAGUUGGUAUCGGACAGCGGAAGUCCUUCACGAACCCCGCCAAAUUCACCAUUGAUGCCACAUUCCAAGAAAAAGCAGCUUUCGCCCCCUGGUGGUCGAACAUGAUGAUAAGCUCAGGGGCCAGUGCAGACAAUGGAGUAUAUUACAAAGAAUACUCAGCGGAUGUGACGUCAGAGAACACCUUCAUGGUGGACAAGGCCGCAGAGAUUGCUGGGUCUCUCAGCGUUUCCGGAUUUUCCCCAAAAUACAUGAUAGUGAUCACGUGGUACAAAAUGGAACAGAAUAAAAGCCCCGCUACUCCUUCCCAGACUGUCACCUUCCAGUUAAUCCUGGUCACAGACUUUCUGCACACUCUCGUCAAGGUGGCGUACGAGGACAGGGAGAUGAAGUGGGACGUCCUGAACUCCGUGGGUAACUACCCGGUCAGGAUUGGGCUUCUGAAACAGGGGGAAACAAGUGAGGAGUACUCCUACUCAUACCUUGACCUUCUAAGCAAUGCGGCCAACAAAUCGAAAAUAGAGAGAAUAGAUGAAGUGACUUUUACUAACCCUUCAAGUAUCGGCCGUUCCUUCUACCGUCUCUCGGAGACUUCUCCAAUCUCACAUCCUGGUAUCCAAUGCUUAAACUGGAUAACAUCUGACGACGCUGAUACCAGCAAUCCUGUGGUGACAUCAGAAGUGACGCAAUGUCCUCCCAGCCUGUUGCAGAAGACGGACUCGCUCGUACAGUACACAAAGGCGGAAAUUCCCUCUAGUGUAGAAUGCUAUGGUAAGAGGAGCGCCCUAUCUACAACAUUUACUGAUCCACGCACGAUGCGAUGCUGCUUCGACAAGGCAAACAAAGGGCUGAUUCUGGAUCAUGUGUUGGCCAAUGGCUUCAACACGUACAUGCGACACUCUGGACAAGACCAAGAGAAGGUUCACGAGGCCUACGAAUGGUGCUGUAACGCUAGCAACCGGUACGCCUCAAGAGCUGACGUGUGCCAGAAUUUCCUCAGUCGCCGACCAGUGUGUACAUCCGACGAUUUUAUCGCGAGCGGAGCAGGUGGAGCUCUCGGAGACCCACAUCUGACGACCCUAGACGGUUUGUCCUUCACCUUUAACGGGCACGGAGAGUUCAUUCUUCUGAACGCAUCGGACGUGCAAGUUCAAGGUCGAUUUACGCCAUUUAUGAAGGAUGGAAAGAAACAACCUGCCACCUAUAUCAGUUCAAUUGUCGGAAAGCAGACCGGUUCUGAUAAAGUGGAGAUCCGACUAAAUACCACAAAAGAUGGCGCAGAGGUCUUAAAGAACGGAGUAUCGCAGUCUUCCCUGGAUCUGACGAAUGAUCAGGACUGGACCAAGGUGUCCGUCAGUAAGAGUACGGACGCCUCGUCCGUCGACACCUGGAAGAUGAUCUUCAGUAAUGGGCUGACGGCAGGUGUUCAACUCAAGAACGAAAUGUUCCAGCUGGUCAUUGAAUCGGCCGCGCUAUACAAGAGCAACUUCCAAGGAUUAUUGGGCAACUUUAAUGAUAACCCUGCCGAUGACUUUACAGCUCCCAACGGAAGUGUGACGCCCUCUACCUCCAACGAGGAGGCCAUCUACAACUAUGGAAAAGUUUGGCAGAAUUCAGAGGCUACCUCGUUAUUUACUUAUGAUGGAAAGACGACGGGUGAUAACGAUAAUUGGGGAAGCCAUGUUGAUGCAGAUUAUCAGCCUGUAUUUUUCAAUCCUAAUUUAACUGCGAUGUUCACCGACGACUCUAAAAGAACCACGGCAAUCAGUACAUGUAACAACGGGGCAACCACGGACGAUAACCCCACACUGCGGCGGGAGUGCUACUUUGACUUCAAGGUGACAGACAACGCGGAUUUAGCGUCGGCGACCUCAGAUACCAAGGCCGCUCUAGAUGAAACCAAGUCAACGCUUGCGAACUACCCACCGGAAAUCGCCAAUGGGAAUGUGACUAUAGAGGUGUCGGUUGGGGCGACAUACACACUACAGCUAACGGCUACCGACAAAAACGCCGGGGACAUCAUCUUCUUCCUGAUAAACGAUGACGCCCCUUCCGGUCUCGUUGUCACCAACGACACUCGCAAUUUAACAUGGACAAACAUCGCUGACCUUGAGACGGCCAAGAUCCAGGUCACUGUGUCAGACGGGAAGGCGCAGUCUCUAUGGACGCCCAAGAUUGAAUAUUGUAAAUGCCAGAACGGCGGGGGCUGUGACUUCAGUGUGAGUAGCAGUGACCAGUUCCUGCUGGUCCCCUGCGUCUGUGUGACCGGAUAUACUGGGCCAUUCUGUGAGAGGGACGAGGAUGGGUGCGCCGACAACCCGUGCUGGCCCGGGGUGGACUGCACGGACGUCCUGGCACGUGAUCUCAGCACCACCCCCGCGGGCUUCAAGUGCGGAUCGUGUCCGACUCAUUUAGAGGGGGAUGGGAUCUCCUGUACAGACAAGGACGAGUGUGUUAAGAACUCUCCCCCUCCAUGUUCUCAUAACUGCACCAACAUAGAAUUCGGAUUUACUUGUUCUUGUGCCGAGGGAUACGUGCUGGGGGCGGACGGCAAAACGUGCACAGAUAAAGACGAGUGUACAACUAACGCAGACAAGUGUAAUGACGUCACGACCACCUGUCUGAACAGCGUGGGGGGAUACUCUUGUCCCUGCAAGACCGGCUACCAACGGGAGACCACUUACACCUGUACAGAUGUUGACGAAUGUACCAACUCCUCUAAUCCAUGCCCAGCCAAUUCUCGCUGCCAAAACUCGGUCGGAAGUUAUGAUUGUGUUUGUAACUAUGGUUACAGCAAAAAUACGCAAUCAAACACGUGUGAGGAAAUAAAUGAGUGCGCUGGUACCAACAACUGUGCCCAGAGAUGCGUGGACGGGAUCGGAACGUAUACAUGUGCUUGCAAUACUGGAUACAAAUUGAACACAACAGACCUUGUCAGCUGCCUACCGGAAAAUGAAUGCUCAACCGAGGAGAAGAAUACUUGCGAUGGCGGAAGUGAAACUGCGUCAUGCGCAGUGUCUAAUGGUCAGGUGUAUUGUGGUUGUCCGUCUGGUUACGCGUUAAACGCCUCAAAAUACUGUAUAGACAUUGAUGAGUGUGCUACUAACGUGGACACUUGUGUAGACUCUAGCAGCACGUGUGUUAACACUCCUGGGGCGUUCCGAUGUGAUUGUAAGACCGGAUUUAACAAACUCAGCGAUUUUAUCUGUGCAGACAAAGAUGAAUGCACAUUAGAUACAGAUACCUGUGUGGCACCUGCCACGUGUCAGAAUAAUGAUGGCAGCUUCACAUGUUCUUGUCCCGUGGGGUACACUAAAGGGAGUGAUGGCAACAGCUGCACAGAUAUCAACGAGUGUGCGUCCGCGGCCACCCACAGCUGUGACAAAGAGCACGGACGUUGUACAAACACCGCCGGAUCUUACACGUGCAGUUGUAACAGUGGAUUUACUGGCGAUGGCUAUACAUGUGCAGAUAUGAAUGAGUGUGCACCUGGAAGCACCAAUGGGUGUGAACAGACGUGCAUCAACAAUAUCGGUAGUUACACGUGCUCCUGCUUCAGAGGCUACACACUGGACGCUGACGGGAGACGGUGUAACGAUAUUGACGAAUGCUUAGAAUCGGCUGCAAAUGGUUGCUAUGAGAACAGAUAUUGCACCAACGCAAUUGGCGGAUAUACUUGUUCCUGUCCAACAGAUUUCAAAUUAAAGGGGGACGGUAAAACAUGUGAAUCCAAAUUUCAGUGUGCCAGCAACCAUGGCUGCAGUCACACCUGUGGUAAGAUAGGCGAUGUGGAUACUUGUUCUUGUCCUGCAGGGUAUGGACUUGAUGGAACUAACAAAAACUGUGUGGACAUUGAUGAAUGCAGCAAUGCUACACUACACCGCUGUCUGGCUGCUAACAAUGUGUCGUGUAGUAAUACAGUGGGGUCCUAUGUCUGUAACUGUGUCAGCAGCCAGUACGUUAAAUCCCAGGACACCGUCUGUGUGGAUGCAGACGAGUGUACGCUGGGGACCGCUAACUGUCCCUCUAACUCCCUGUGUGUCAAUCGGGACCAGGGCUUCGACUGUAACUGUGUCAGUGGGUACACUAAGGUCGGCGAUACCUGUCAAGAUACUAAUGAGUGUGAUGGUUCCAACGAUUGCAAUUCCGCGCUAGCAACGUGUACUAACACCCCCGGGGCUUACAAAUGUGCAUGUAAAGCCGGUUAUACGGGGGACGGUAGAACCUGCCAAGAUGUUGACGAGUGCUCAGAGAACACACAUAACUGUGACAGUCGACAGGAGAGGCGGAACUGUACGAACACCGAGGGCUCCUUCACCUGUGGGUGUCUGGAGGGCUACACCCUGGCCUCAGACGAGCGAACCUGUAACGAUGUUGAUGAAUGUUCAACAUCCAGCCAUGAAUGUGAACAUACUUGCGUAAAUAAAAAUGGCGGGUACGAUUGUUCCUGUCAACUUGGAUACAGACUGGAAGCCGAUCAAAGAACCUGCACAGUGGAGGCAAAUUGUGAUGACACUAAAACUGCGACAUGCCAAACAAAAAAGUGCGCCAAAUUGAACGGCACAGACACGUGUUCCUGUGAUCCGGGCUACAAACUGUCGUCUGAUGGAGUGUCCUGUUCAGAUAUUAACGAGUGUACCGAUUCCCCCUGUCACUCCACCCACAGCGCCUGCCAGAACACUGUGGGAUCCUACACGUGCUCCUGUACCGACGGUUACAUUCUGGGGCCCAGCAACGUGUGUGUGGAUCGUGACGGCGGCUUGUCCGAUUGGUCGGCAUGGGGCACCUGCUCGCAGACCUGUGGGUCAGGGACACAGACAAGGACUCGCGCCUGUAACAACCCCACGCGGGAGGGGUCGGGGAGGGAUUGUACAGGGUCACUGUCAGAGUCUCAGGCCUGUAACACCAACCUCUGUCCUCCAACGGAAGACGAACAGACUUAUGGAGUAAUUAUUCAAUACAAAGGAGUAACAGCAGAUCAUUUUACGGUAGAGGUCAAAGCAAAGUUCACUUCAAAGAUAGCAACAGAGAUAAACAAAUACUGCAAUACAGACAACACAAAUCUUAGGCAGUGCUGUAACAGCCAGUCCACAUAUGCACCAAGUAUUUCUAGGAUAAAGUCCUUCACAAAAGCAGAACAAAUCGCCAUAGGAGACGGUUAUCCGAGGGAUGUAAAUGGAGGCACCCAAAUAUUGGUUGUAGUGAAGGCUGAUAAAAGUAACGCCCUCUGCUCAGCCACAUCUAGCCGGAGGAGGCGGAGCAUAACUCUGAGUAAUCUAGAGAUAGCAAUUCCCCAGUCUGUCCUGCAGCAGAUAAUGGCGAACGCAACAAUACAAGACGAAAUCAUUGUUCAAUUAGCGGCUGCCAUAAAAGAACACACAAAUGCGACUCUAAGUAUUACAGCAGGGGAGAUAAUGCUGGUCACUGCACCAACAUCGACUCCCACAGAGUCCAAUACAUCACAAGCGUGGGUGGUGCCCGUUGCGGUAGUCGGGGCGAUCCUCGGGGUCAUCCUUGUCAUCGUCAUCGUACUACUCAUCGUCAAAAUGAAUAAAAAAAACAAAAUCAACCCGGAUGAUAGACACGCUAACCCACUAAACGACCCCAGCCACCCUGCUAACAACCCUCCCCAGCCACAACCAGUGAAUCAGGGGUCAAAUUCACCCCAGGGCGACCGGGCCCCGCUCACAUAACCAGGUGAUCUCCGGGCACCGCCUUGUCGUAUAAGUUUAUGCUCAAGAGUGUGUGAUAAUGAAAUUGAGAGAAGGAAUGAUAAAACAGUGAGAUUAUUUUAUUUGUUCUAAAAACAGUCAGAGCAGACUCAUUUCCACGGAAGAAGUGGGAGGGGGUAUUGAAUUGAGAUGUGUUUAGUCUUUUUCGUCAUGAGAUUUUAAAAUUUUUUUAUACAUGUAUACCUGUGUCUAUUCCAAUUUUAGAAAAUAAGAUUAAAUGCUUGAUUAUCUGUUUCUCAGAUCUGUGGCGUAAAGAAAGCAGUGAAACUAUGCAUUUUUGAUUGACGUCAUUAGAUUAAGACAUAUAUCAAAUUUAUCAUAAUUUGAUCCAAGAAAAAUUAAUCAAAACUGAAUUUAAAUGUACCUACUCAAAACAAUUGAUUUUGUAGGGGUUUUUUUUUUGUUUGCAAAUCAAAUUAAUGCUAUGCAUGACUUUUAUGAAUUAAAAAGGCAAAUCAAAAUUAAUGAUUUAAAUAAACGUCAACAACUAGAGAAACGUUAUAUUUGUUUUUACAAAGGAUGCUCCAGAAUGAUGUCAUUUGAUGAAUUUAAUGUAACUAAGUUUUUGUGUCGGCAUAAUAUACUUGUAUAAUAAAUUGCCUUUCUGUAGUCAUAAAAAUGAAGAACUGUGAUUUUUUUUGAUUGUUUAAUGUGAUAUUAAGAUGUUUGAUGCAGGGCUGCUUUCCUUUUCAUUGUUACUUUGAAGUACACAAUUUCAAAAGUAUUAUCGAUGUUUAAUUUCUUUAAAAAAAAAUCAUGAUUAUUCAACGCCAAUUUUCGAUACAGAACGCAUUACAAGUAAAAAAAAAAUAUUAAAAAUAUUGCAAACAAUUGAAACAAAGGACAAUUUACAGGGAAGCGGCCCAUGUAGACUCAUCCUCAACUGUACAUGUAUAUCAUGAAAUGUAGAUAUUCAUAUGUGUAUUGCUGUACAUAUCAAACAAAGCUCCGUCCAUUCUCCUGGUGUUUUACUCUACACUUCCUGUCCGAGUAACGUUUGUAUUGAUGGUUAAUUUCGUCCAAUGUACUAGUAAUUCACGUCCUUCUACGCGUGCAAACAGUUUUGCCCAGUCUUGAAUUCCCCAACACACAGUUGUGUUGAAGGAGAUAGUAUUUGAAACAUUGAGAUUAGCGCAGUCUGAAAUUCGCCCGCUAACAGCAAGGGCGAAAGGGGCGAAAAUAAAACGAGGGCGAAUAUUUCUCUGUACACAGUAUUUAGCAUUCGGUUUCUUUUAUAUUUAUACUCUAUAGUCCCAGUCAUUGAUGUUUUAGCAUUCUGUUGAUAUCUUAUACGUAAGCUUUACUAUUAUGGGGUUUUUUUGUUAACCGAUCACCUUUUAUAUUUUUUUAUUUUCUUUGUUUUGUCUUUUCAUUGUAUUACUAUUUUAUGACAAGGUGAUAUAAAUCUCUGGAAUUUUUUUUUACAUUUAUAUUUGUUUAUUCUCGAUGCGUUUGUCUACACUUUAUAUUUUAUCCUUUUCCGAGAUUUGUUUCAAAUAAUUAUUCUGUACAUUUCUCAAUGUGUAUUAAAUUUUUAUAAAAACUUAUAGUUAGGCUGAUUCAAUUCAAUGUUUUCUUUUUACUUAACUACUAGUAUCACUUUGACAUUCCGAUGACUUUUUAAUCACAUUUAAAAUUACAAAGAUAUUGUAUCUUUAACAAAAGUAUAUGUCGCAUUUGUGUUUCAAAAUAUAAUGUAGAUAAGAAAACUUUCGAUAUAUAUCCUGACACGUCAAGCUAAGAUAAUAUUUUGUCCAAAAUACUGUAUGUAUAUUAAAGACAUUAGAUAAAUGUUUGCGGUUUAACACAAGUUUCCCCUUACUGUACAACUGGGUUUUUUAAUCCUUGCAAUUUAUUUCUGCGUUUAAAACGGUACUCAACAAAGAUAUAUUAUUAUUUAUUAUUUUUGACAGAGUUAUCAUUGUUUACUUUGAAAACAAUGUCAUUUACUGUAGUAUUUUUUUUAAAUAGUGAUUUCUAAGUGCACUAAUGUUGAUGUGAACAAGCCAACAUCUGUUGAUUUACACAUAGUUCAGUGUUACAAAAUCGGCUGUCUUUUUGGGGUUUUUCUUUUAGUUUUCCAUUCUUGUUUCCUUUUCACGACAAGCACCUUUGGUGUGUUACCAUGGAUAUUGUUUCUGUUGUCCAAUGAAAACAAAGUAUUUCUUAUUGAUCAUUAUGAUAUAUUUAUCCAAUAAACCUGUUUUUCCCAUUAA